AUGGCUAGCGUACGUAGCUACCUCUCGUCUUCUGUUGCCGUCACCUCGGGCAACCCAUUCGGCCCACGCAAACGGUCACGAAACGUCAAGCUAAGCAGCUCGAAGAAGCGACGCGAGGAGAACGCGGCGGAACAGCGGCUUUUCGUAGCAGUUCUUUCGAAACAAACGUUCAAACACGUACCCCCUGCUCGCUACGCAAAUGCGACGCUCGUAUCGAACGGCUUCCUUGGCUCGUCCCCGCAAAAACCCACGGUCGCCAUCUCUCUGAAGGUUCUCGACGCGUACCGACAGCUUCAUCGCGCCUGCCCACGCCUGAGCGUGCAGGCCUACGUGAAAUCACUAUGCUAUAUUCAUCGAGUUCCUCUCAAGAAACACCUUGUCAAACAGUUCAGCGACGCAUAUGACAUCUAUCUUGACAUACAGUACCACAUCGACAAGCUCGUUGAUUCCGCUUUGGGCAGGGACACCCCGGAUUGGCGGAUGCACAACGCGUGCGCACCGUGCUUGUACAAGCUCGAACACGAACCGACCCUCAAGUACUCGCUUCUCGCCACAAUGGACGGCAACCAAUCGCUUAAGCUCGUCGACGACGCUUUCCGCAAUGGCAGGGUGCGCGCGGAUGGGCGAGAGGCGCGAACAGAUAUAUGGUUGUUGCCAAGCGAAGUUGAUCGCUUCAAGGACGAAGCUGGCAAAGUUGAGGCCCCUGACGUUGCGAAUGCCGAAGUUCGCUACGACCACGACGACGACAUAGCAUGGCUGGGCCUAUCGGACCGCGAGGACGACGGGAAUCUUGAAGCCUCGGUCGACGUGUGCGUGGAACGCUGGCGAAAUGCAGGCCCCGAAGCCCGCAAGAAGAUGUUCGCGCUCUUCGCCAAGACGGGGAUCUUUGUUUGCCUGUGCCGUCACGGGCAAUUACUCAUCCUCUGUGAUAUGAUUCGAAGCGGCGAACUUAUGAAGUAUCCCCUCGCGAUCAUUAACAAGCUAAUGGAGGUAUACGGCCCUGAUAUCUUAGUAGGAUACGACAUCGCAUGUGCAUUUGCGAAGACUCUUGCACGAAGCUCACUCGGUCCGGAAGCUCGACGCCUCCGUAUGGCCGGCGUGGUACCGGCCUUCCAUGGGCACGGCCACAAUCGUGGCUGCCAAGUCAAUUGGCACCCGCUUUACAUGAACAGCGUUGGCAAGGAGGACUUCGAGGGCUGCGAGCGUUGUUUCUCCGAGUCGAACGCCCUCGCGGCUGGGACCCGCCUGUCGUCGGCAUUCCAUCGGCAGCAGGCGAUCGAGGAAUUCUUCCGCUUUUGGGGCGAAGAUAAGCACCACGACUCAGGCACAUUCAUCUACAAUAAUUACCGGCAAGCGCUCAACAUCAUCGCCGAUGACAGUCGUGCCCUCGCAGCUCUGUCCACAGAGCUGAGAGUGAGCACCACUGAUCUCGAGGAGUACCUGAAGCAGGAGAGGGAGUACAUCCAUAACCGCAAGAACGAGUCGCCUGAGGUCGCCCGGAAGCUCGACUACCUCGCUGCGCUACGUCGCCUGGAGGAAGCAAGCUCGAAGCUGACCGCUGCCACCGUCGAACUUCGCAAAGUCGAGGGCAACAUCGCCCAAUAUGCGACGAAGGAGGUUGCACGUGUCCGAGGGAAUCGUACAAGGGCCGCAAAUCGUUACUUCGCCACCGACGACGACUGUCGGGCAUACGAGCAAGAAUUGCAAAUUGCUGUGCGGUGGUUGCCUGCCAGCGACGAAUACCAGGAAGCGUGCCAGCUUCUGACCCUGCGCGAGUAUCAGCGCUCGCUUGAUGAGCUCGAACGUCUCGUCGUCCAGCGGCUGUUUGAAUUGACAAAGGCUGGAAUGAGUGGUUACAAGUUGCGCGAGAAGAUCUCGAAGGCGUUGAAGGCACGGGCCGAAGCGAUCAGGAAGGCACUCAAGCGGUAUAAUGACAAGGCCGCGAAACUGAACCCUCCGCAGGUAGUAGACAUGGUCAACCUCGCUGACUUCGAUCUUCUUCGAGAGACCCGGGACGACAUACGCAAGCAACCAUGGGCCCAAUACCCCAACCGACGCGCCACGAAUCUGCACUUCAACAUCAAGCGUGCCCGCGAGGAGAUUGAGCGGCUCAACGUCGAGAUCCGCCGACUGCUCACGUCCAUGUACGAUGAGCAUGUCGAUUACCACCUCGCAGUGCAACAAGCGUCCGUCAGCGCGCCAUACCUUGCGCACGAGCUGAGGGAGCGAUGGCAAUACCGCAACAGCAUCCAUGCAAGGAUCGCUGCGCGCCUGCAUCAGACCUCUCAGCUACCCCGCUUCAGUGGCACCCUCACGACCGGGCUUCGCAUUGGACGGUACUCAACCUUUAAUACGUUGACAUGA